AUGCUCUUUUCUUCACAGCAAAAUGAGCUUUUAGCCAAAGGCAGAUAUUCUGAAAUAUAUAGGUACUUAGACACAGACUCUUUAGAACUAUUUAUUAUCAAAAAACAUCCUCUUAUGUGUUUUGGAUUUAAGAAGGAAUGGAAUAUUCGUGAGUUAGAAGCCUUUUCUAAAAUAUAUGAAGAUCCUAAUUUUCUACACCCAAAUAUAAUUAAAUUUUAUGGAUAUGAAGAAGAUCAAGAAGAUGGAUACUUUAAAUUAGAGUAUAUUAAUGGAUAUGAUUUAAAUAGAAUUAUCAACGAAUCGAAAUCAAAUAAGGCAGAGAAGCAUGUAAAUGAAGAUACUAUUCUUUUUUAUAUUUUAGAAAUAAUAAAAGGUCUUGAGUUUCUUCAUAGUAAAGGAAUUUAUCAUUGUGAUCUUAAACCAGAAAAUAUUGUUAUAUCAAAAAAUGUAGUAAAAAUAGUUGAUUUCGGGUCGUGUAUAAUUAGCAAAAAGAAAGUAAUUAAUGUGAAAAGUGAAGAAUUUUUGGGAACAGCUGGUUAUCUUCCUCCACAAAUAGCUGAUUAUUCAUAUAAAGGAGAUAUUGAUUUAGAACAUGUAGAUUUAUUUGGAUUGGGUGCUACGAUUUAUUUUUGUUAUACAAAACGUAAACCUUUUAUUGGAGAUUCUUUAUCUGAAACAUUGCAUAAUGUUAAGAAAAUGUAUUUUGAUUUAGAUUACAUUCAAAAUGAAAAUAUUAAAGAUAUUGUUAAAAAGAUAUUUUAUCAGGAAAAAGGUUAUAAUUUACAAAAAGUAACUGAAGCACUAGUGGAACACAAAAAGAUGUUGUAA